AUUUUCUGCCGCUUUCACAUUCAUAUUCACGUUGGUGUUGUUCUGUAUCUUCCUUUCUGUUCCUUUCUAUAUAGUUUUGACGAUUGGUUUUGACAACAUUGUAUGCACCCAAGGCUUCCUGUAAAUUUAUCUGUUUUACGGCUCAAGGAAUCUAAGGAGCUCCGUAAGAAUACUAACGCGAACGGACAGCUGCGGCCAGCAUGGGGAAAAUUGCUCUACAAAUGAAGGCUCAAUUGGAGUUUAUUAACACGAUUCACGCUCCCCAACCUGAAUUCCGGUAUUUUGUCAAGAUAAAGUGUACUGGCUGUAAUGAAGAGUCGGAGAAGUGGCAUGACAUUUCUUUAGACGACUCUGUGGAACUCAAGACUGGUCGAGGUAGCUGCAACUUUGCCUUGAAGUGCAAAUUUUGUGGAAAGGACAACCAAUUGGACAUACUUGACAAAUCUAUUCGCCCAUAUCUGAAAGAAAAGGAGGGACUAUUUCAAACAAUCGUGGAAUUUGAUUGUCGUGGAAUGGAACCGGUUGCAUUUUCACCCAGAGAGGGGUGGAUUGCUCAGUCAGAUGAAGGAGGACAAAAGUUUGAAGAUGUUGACCUUACUGACGGAGAAUGGAUUGACUAUGAUGAGAAACUCAAGGAGUCUGUCAGAGUGUAUGAUCUGGAGUUCAAAUUCAUCAAAGUCAAGUAGAGGCAAUACACACUUCCUUAUACAAUUCAGCUUUAAAUUUCUAUAUUUUGUAUUAGUUCCUUCUGAUACAAAUUAGAUGUGAGUUAUACUCUAAAAAAGUUAGAGUCAACAAAUAUAAAUUAAAUAAAUGUUUAUCUUACAA